AUGGGAUUCAAAUUGAAAAUUCAACAAAAUCAAAAAUGCUUAAAAGAUACCCCCUACUAUGUUAAACAGGACUUUCCGAAAGAAGUGCUGAAAAAACGUAAGGAAUUACAGCCCCAGUUGAAGGUGGAAAGAGAAGCAGGUAACACAGCUUUUUUAAAAUAUGAUAAGCUCAUAGUAUUACCUAGAAGAAAUAAAACCUCUACACAAAACCCUACCAACAAAAGAUCACUAUCUGAAUCUCCUGAAACUAAAAAUCCUUCUAACAUUUUACAAAAUAAAAAGCAGUCAGUUAAGAAGAGCAAAACAACAACAAUGAAGGAAUACAUUCGACAUAAACCAAAAUUUAUACUAAAUUAUGAACGGGCUACGCAUGACUCUACACCCAAUAAUGAGCACAUAAAUUAG